AUGGCGAGUCAGGCGCUGUCUGUUUGCCAUCGGCAGUGUGGGGAGUUAUCAGCCACGUCUGCUAAUCGUUUGCUGAACCUGAUCGCUACGACAAGCCAGGACCCAAACAGUCAGAAGGGACGGGUCCUUGACGAAUUGGUGGCUAGGUUGCGUCCCAACGUCAAGUUAGACAACCCCUUAAUGCUCGAGCAGGCAGUAGCGAAGGCCCAAAUGGUUGAGCAACUGUUAGCAAAGGCUAGAGCUGACCUCUUGAUCAACCCAGUGGGCGCCGCACGCACCAUUGAGGUGAAGGCGGUGGCAGCUAAACCGUGCUCCGCGCGCCCAGUCCCGAAAGUCUAG